AAGAAUCAUUAUAUUAUGACUUGUUUUUUUGUUUUGUUUUUUAUGGACGGGGAUUUAAGAAUGAGAAUUUAUUUUGAUUACAAAACAAUAACAACGUGCAGCGAAUAAGUGACUCUUUAUUCUUGAAUAACAAGUAAGUGACCGGCUAAUUAAAACUUUAUGUGAUUGAUUAAGUUAGAGUAAGCAGAAUUUAAUAUCACCAAUUUAUGGAUAGAAAAGUUAGAUUUUACCAUGUGUCUGUUGACGGAAUUAGCAAUACUUUAUGGACUUUAAGUCAGAUUUUUUUGCUUACCUGGACCCCGAUAAUUGUAAAUUCUGCAACUCAUUGGGUAUUAGAAGAUGGCAUGAUUAAAAGUCAGGUUGAUACAUGGUAUAACAUUUAUGACCCUAGUGAUCUUAUGCUGUUCAUUCAACAAACUGAAACUGCUGAUGAACUUAAAGCACUUGAAAAACAAGAAGACUUAAAAUUUCAUACUAGUUUCCUCACUGCAGAUGCCAUUCAAAAAAAUCAAGAAAAGAUAGCAUUUCAUUCAGACCUUGACUGUCAAAUUGCUCGUAAAAAACUAUCACAGUUUGAUCUGUAUCUUAGUUCUUUUCUUAGAUUAGAUGCAAAGGGUAUUAUAAUUGAACAAUACUUAAAUCAUAAGAGACCAAUACCAACAAAAAUAAAUCAACCAUUUUGUACUUCUGAGUUUUUAUUCAGUAUGAAGAGUUAUGAUCAUUUGAAAGGUGUUUCAGAAAGAAAAUUUUUACCAAACAAAUCUGAGGAUGGUUUAGUCAAUCCAAUUCCACAAGUUAAAAAUUUAACAGAGUUUGGUCAGAGAGUGUAUUGGGCUCUUCAAAAGAAUGAAACGUCUUGGAUUCUAUUAAAUUUUGCUGCAAUUUAUUGGAGAGUUGCUGGAAAUUCUUAUGAAGCAAUAGAAUGUUUGCGUCGUGCACUUGAUGUUUCUCCAAGGAUUCAUAAAGAUUUAGCUUUAGUAAGUCUUGCAAACAUUCUCCAUCAAUCUAAAUACUCCUUGGAUGCAGCAAUUUUAAUGCAUUCUGCUCUUGAGAUUACAAAUGAUUAUGAUAUUAUAUACUUUACUCUCGGAAAUAUAUAUGGGGCUCUUGGUCAGUAUGAUCUUGCAGACAUUUGUUUUAAAUACGUUUAUGAACUCCAACCUGAUUUUGAAGCAGCUCGUCUAAGAAUGCAUGCAGCACGAUGUGAGCACAAAAUGAAUUUGAUUCUUAAUAAGGAUCAAAACGUUUUAAAUAAAAAUGAUGAAGAUGAAAAAAAGGAAGAUGAAGAACUAUCCAUAAGGAAACAAAUAAUAGAAGAGCAUAAAAAAGAGAUAGGUUACCCACUUAACAAGUACAAUAUUUAUAAUGCAUUCGAACUCCCAGAAAACGAAAGAGGUCAAAUUUAGCGAUUUAAUUUUUAUAAAAAUUUAUUUAUGAAGAAAACCUAUUUAUAGAUUUAUUAUUAUUUUGUAAAAAGUUGAAAGCAAUUAUUUUCACUUCAAAAGACUCUAUUUUUAUUAACUUUUUUCA